AUGGUCUCUGCAAGCAAGCUAGCACAACCAAUUGAAGAGCUCUCGCAGGCGUUGACGUCCUUUGUGGACUCUUUGCCCCAAGAAGGCCAGAAUUACCUCACCCACCAGGUUGAUUUCGAGCUUUUCCACGAAAAACACCAUAUCAUCGAAGAUGUUCUCACCAGGCAUGGCGUUGACUAUACGGUGCAAAUCCCUGAAACUGAUGAGCUAGCACCAGAGUCCGUCUCUAAGGCAGAGUCUUUCAACAAGGACGUGGCUCAGCGUACCAAAGACUGGAUCAUAUCGUUUGGAUUUCAGCGGGCCAUCAGCACACAAUUGUCACAGUACAUCGCCAGUUAUAGACCAUCAGCUGCAGAUGGAAGCAACGACUCCAACAAGGCUGCCGAAACCCACUUCUACAAUCACGUUUCAAUAUUGUUGGACUUUCAGGUAUACGUCUACAUCAACCAAUACCAGUUUCUCAAGCACUCCUACUUCGAGAGCGUAUCCCAAGUUCUGAGGCUCCUCUUCGAGAUCUCCACCUACGAAGUCGAGAAGUUCUGGCUCUACUUAGAGUCCAGAGAAACUCUCUUGACGGAAAAGGUAUUCGACAGAGGUGUGGUAGCUGAUAGAAUCUCGUUGCUUGAAAUCUGCAAUAGAAUCACCGACAAAUACAUCUACAAAAACUCCAAAGGCAACAAGGACUUGAAAAGAAAGGAUUCAUUCAAUGACAGCUUCCAGUUCCGGGUUAGAGCUUUCUUGGCCAGGAUCUUUGCUUUCGAGGACAAUACUGGUCUCAAUAAGUAUUUCCAUGUAUCCAAUAGAGCCUCCCCAGAAUUUCCCAAGGUCAAGUCUCCGUUCUUGGAGGACAUCAUCUAUAUCCAAAAGAUAUUUAACGACCCCUACUUCUACCUCAAGAAGGCACAGUACUCGGAAUUGAACUCUCUAGUUGAUAGCAUUCAAAGUGUAUACACCUACCUUCUCAGCGAGGAGGUCGCCUAUCAACAAAAACACAAGACCGAUCAAUACUUGGUCCAGAAGGAGAAACAGGAGUCAGAAAAGGCGUUGUUGAAAGAAAAGUACGCCAAUGCCCAAUACUUCCCUGAAACCUACUGGUUAUCUUCAUUCGAGCACCCAAACAAGAAAGACCUCGACAAGGCUAGGGACGAAGACAGAGAGUACCUUAACGAGCAAUUCAGCAACUCUAAGGUCCGGUUGCAAUAUUUGUUGAUGAUUUUCAUCAUUGCCAACUUGUAUCUUGAAUUAACACCCUCCAACAAGGAGGACUUUCUUGUGUCAAUCGGCGCUCCUGCAAAUAUCAAGCAUUUGACGGACGAGAGUCUUUCGGAAUCCCACAAGAACUUCUUUUUGAAGGUGAAGAAGGAAAUGUUUUCGACCUUGAAGACUGUUGAUAACCAGUUUGCAUUUUUGAUCCAGCAUAUGGCAUUGGCCGAAAAAAUCUGGUGGAGCUGGUUGAUUUAUGGCAAGGACUCUAAAACGAACAAGUCGUUCUUUGUAGACAGGUUGCUUAGCCAAGAAGAGUUGGUUGAAACGAAUAAUGCCUUUCAAAAGAUAUUUCCAUUCAAAGAAAAGAGGUACUUCAACACCUUUGUCACUCCCCAGUUGACCAGGAAAAUGAGAGGAACCAGAGGAAUAGAGAAGUUGCAGAAGCAGGAAGUUUCUACCCAAAGCUACCAGGCCAGUUUGGAGGAGUUGAACCAAAAAAUAGAACAAGAAUCUAGUAUAGAAGUUAAGAAAGAGUUAGCCGAAGAGAGAAACGCUCUCAUAUGGAAGAAUUCCAAGGUGACAAGGCAAGACAACUGGCUUGAGCUUGGGAAAAUCAUUACUCCCGAAGUAUUGGUGCAAGGAAUGGAGGAGCCAAAGGAGGAUCCUAAGGAGAAAUCAAAGGAGGAUAACAAGGAGGAAUCUAGUGAAGACAAUAAAGACGCAAAGGAACAAGAUGGAAUAGAGAUUGAAGAAAGAGAAUCCACAGGUGGAGCUGAAGGAGAAAGUACUGAUCCAACGGAAGAAAAACCCCGUGAAGCCAAUGGAGAAGUUGUAGCAGAUGGGGUCAACGAUAUGGAAAUAGAUGUAACUGCCAAGGAUAUCUUGGUAGAUAAACCUGGUACUCCUGAAGAUAAACUAGACCCUUCGAGAACUACCACACCAGAAGUCAACGACAGUGUGGAAAAGCCCGAAACGGAAAAUUCAGUACCAGAGCACAGAGGGUCGAAGAGACCGCGUUCCGACUCCGAAGAGCCUCCAGUCAGUGCCAAAAGAACUCAUGUAUAG